CAGCCGCUGCACCCGGGCAGGGCGGGGAUGAAAAGGAAAAGUCCCACUACUUUGCUUGUGCGGAGUGGGCGAUCUUGGAGGGAAGAUGAGCGCCGAGUCGCUUACCUUAGACUGCAUCAUCCACCUCUUCUCCUACCUGGAGGUACCGGAUCUGCUCAGAGCAGCCCAAGUGAAUAAGACAUGGAAUGAAGCAGCGGAGACCACUUCUCUUUGGAGAAAUAUGUGUCUAAGACAGUGGGCCUUCUGCAAUAUCUCCGUGAUCCCAGGAAUGCAGACCUGGAAAAAGUACUAUCUCCACCGCUCUAAACUGGAGCAUAAAAUGGCAUCUGGGCGGCCUUCAGUUGACUAUACGUGCAAAGCUUUGAGGGGACAUAAAGGAGUGAUAAAUGACAUGGCUUACCUAUCAGAAAAUGAGCACAUGUUUGCAACAGGGAAGGUGAAGUCUGUUGUAUGUACCGCAUCUUCUGACGGCACUGUCAGAGCAUGGAACGUCCAAGAGGGUACACAGAUUUGGUCAAGUCCCCAACAGGAAGCACCACUAGUAAAUAUUAUCACAUUUCCUCUGUAUAAAUUGGCAGCUACAACAGACAAUCGGGGGCUGAUCAAACUCUGGCAUGGGGACACGGGCCAGGAGCUUGUAGCGUUUUCAACGUCAUCCUCAUCAUGCUCGGUGGUUGCCUACACCAAAAACAAUAAGCCCUUCCUAACGGUAGGCACUGGAGCUGGCAUCCUCUAUACGUUGGCAGCUGCGGACCUAAGCCAGAUUUUACGCACAGAAGUGUUUCGAGACUGUGGCAUAGAUUUGUCACUCUGUUCACCAGAUGGGCAAUGGAUAGUCAUUUGUCCUACUGAUCCUGCCUUUUCGCCAAAGGUGUUCUACACACAUUGUGCAACUAAUCCAGAAGAUGAUGAACUGAUGUUAUCUAGUCCUUUACCGGUUACAAACUGCCAUCUUGUCACCUGCUGGUUACCAGCAGAAUCAGCAAGGAUAGCCAUAUUGCAUGAUGAUGCAAUGAAUUUUCACAUUGUGAGUUUUGAUAUCGUCAUUGAGAAGAAAUCUAAAUAUAAAAUGAAUAUUACAGCUCGACAGGUUGCAAGCUUCACAUUACCAACACAAGAACCAUGGAUGACAAAGAAGAUCAUGAAAGGAUUUGGCAAACAAACUCUUCUUAUAGCAGCUGGACUGGAGCUGAAAUUAUACACUCUGACUGGGACAGAAAUAAUGGUUUUCAAAGAUCACCAUAAAAUUAUUACAUCAAUCUGGGUGGAUCCUUUUCACGUUGUCACAUCAUCCAUGGACCUCUCACUCAGUGUGUACUCUUGGAAAAAUGACAACAAAUCGUCCUCAUUGAUUAGUCGCUACCACUUACUAGGAGGAUCCCACAGAUGGUCAAGUGGUUUUAGAAGUGUGGCUUGUGACGAUGUGAGCAUUGUUGGCGUGGUGGCUGGAACAGAUGGGACAGACAUUUUAAGAGCAUACUCCUUUAAUUUGUGAGAUUUCACAUUUCUGUGUUACAUACUCAUUAUUUAUUCACUUGCCAACGAACUAGUGAAUCCAUGGCAAACUGCCACUCACAUAUGUACGUAAGUAGCAUGCAACUGCAAUCUAAAGACACUGUCAAUCUCAUACAAAACAUUUCAUACCUUCUGAAACAAAAUGCAGUGGAAUCCAAGCUUUGAUUAUUUGUAUUUGUACUACUACUAAUAAACUGCUGAAGGGGUGGCCAUCUACAUUUUUUCUGAACUUUAAAAA